CACCCAAAACCACCAUGAAAACUUCCGUCAUCCUCGCCGGCUUUCUUCUCUUCACGGUUGUUCUCCAUUUCCGGCCACCCUCCGCCGCCGCGCUCCUCGACCCAUACUCCGCCUCCUUCGUGGCUUCUCCCACCGCCACCGAAGACGCCGAGUUCAUCCGCAACAGCUGCGAAACCACGCUGUACCCGCAGCUGUGCUACGCGUCGCUCUCCGGCUACGCCAGCGCUGUGCAACGGGACACCGGGCGGCUGGCGCGGGUGGCCAUCGGCGUGAGCCUCAAGAAAGCCAAGCGCAUGGCGGCGUACGUGAACAACCUCUCCCGCCAGGCGGAUUACGGCGCCGACCACCGCGGCGCCGCCGCCCUCCACGACUGCUUCUCCACGCUCGGCGACUCCGUGGACCAGAUGCGCGACUCGCUGCAGCAGAUGAAACAGCUCGGCGGCGGCGGAGGAGCCGAGGAGCUGAGGUUCCAGUUGAGCAACGUGCAGACGUGGAUGAGCGCCGCCGAGACCAACGAGGACACGUGUGUCGACGGGUUCGAUGACGUGGCGGAAGGGCCCCUCAAGUCCGACGUGUACGAUGGGAUUGUGAAGGUUAAGCAGGUGACUAGCAAUGCGUUGGCUUUGGUUAAUGCUUUUGCUAAUAAGAUUUCUAUCCCAUGAUGACUCAUAAUAUAAUUAAUGUGUGUUUUAGUUAACUAAUGACAUUUUGGUUGUGAGAAAGUUAGGUUAAUUAGUUAGGUCCAUGUGGUUCGACUAAGUGAAGUUGAGAAACAUCAUGGGAUGUAAUUUACAAUUUGUGUGUAAGUUUGACUAUUUUU